AUGACAACUAAGACCAUCCAUGGAAACUCGCAAUUCCAGAAGCGCUCCUCUCUACGCUGGACGUGGGAGUCACCCGGUGGAGGGUACCGUAAUGAAGUAGACCACAUCAUCGUCAAUAAAAGGUUCUGCCUGAUGGACGUCGCUGCUGUGCCAAAAUUCUAUACGGGAUCGGACCAUCGCCUCCUCCGAGAAAGAUUUUCCUUUACAAGAAGAGAAGAGAAAGCCGCCAAGUUCAGAGAGAGAAAUCCCAGAACUAUCAUUAACUGGGAUCUCUUCGCUACGCUUGACGUCUUUUGGAAAGAUUCGGCAAUGGACAGCAUCGACGAGGAAUAUGACCGGCUCGUUGAACACUUUCACGACUGCACGAAGAAGCCUCAGAGUUUUAAAACCACCAAGAGGAGCCUAUCUCUUGAAACUCUUGAGCUGAUACGCCAGCAGCAGGAGCCGCAGGGAACCAAGACCUCACGUCCGCUCGCAAGGCUUUGCAGAGAGGCGAUAAAGGAAGACCUUAAAGAAUGA